AUGGCAAAGACCAACACGGAACGCUUGGAGACAAUCCACGAGUAUACUAUACCACCUUGGAGUGAUCGCAUACCCGUAGUGGGCGAGCAUUAUGACUAUGUGGAAACAGACCAGGCACCAAACGACGUGGAAGGUAUCAUCAUCGCCACUGCCUCCUCGCAAAAAGGUGACACAGUGGGAAUGGGAGGUGUUGUGCGUGACACAACGAUCAAUAGUGCUGGCGAGGUGCUGGCUAGCUACUCCGUCACCAUUGGAACACGGGAUGAGCAGAAUCCGUACACGGCGGAACUGGCAGCUAUUGCGAUGGGCUCCAUGACUGUCAUGACAAGCAACCGAUCGGCACUACAAGUUAUCCGACGACCACGGCAACAAUCCGGCCAGUGCACUAUACGCCAGAUAUACGAACGUACCCAGUAUCUUCAAAGGAGAGGCUGCUCUGUUUCACUCAUGUGGGUGCCGGCGGAGAACGAAGAUUUUACACUAAAAGCGCUCGCCAAGGCAGCAGCGAAGAGAGCGGCAAUGUGUGGUGAGACACCAGAUGAACGACCAUACCAAGCUAGGUCGACAAAGCUACGACUGGCCAAAGUGGCCCAACAGCAACUAGGAGAGCUCCCGGAGGGAGUGGCCUCGACAUUGGCGGACCGUGCUUCAGCUGCUGAGGAUAGGACGCUGAACACUUGGGGAACUGGCCUUCAAGCAGGCCUGUCAAGGAUCAUACAAGCGAUGAGGCGGAACCAAGCUGUGUAA